AUGGAGGAGAUUAAGGCUGGGAAAUUAACGCAGAUUGAUGUCCUUCCUCAAUCGAUCGGGUUCAACACUUGUACCUUAGAAUCCGACCACUACAUCUGUAUCCGGCAAAAGGUGGACGAUAAUGCGUCGCCGGAAGUCAUCAUCAUCGACCUCAAGAAUAACAACAAUGUUAUUCGACGCCCGAUCAAGGCCGACAGUGCUAUCAUGCACUUCAACAAACAAAUCAUAGCACUGAAGGCACAAGGUCGGACCCUACAAAUCUUCAAUCUCGAGCAGAAGAGCAAGAUGGGUGCUGCGACGAUGAACGAAGAUGUCCAGUUCUGGAAAUGGUUCGAUGAUCGCACCCUUGGUCUUGUCACCGACACGGCCGUUUAUCAUUGGGACGUCUUCGAUCCCACUACCGCUUCACCAGGCAAGGUGUUUGAGCGAAAUGCCAACCUAUCGGGCUGUCAAAUCAUCAACUACCGAGUGAGCGACGAUGCCCAGUGGUCCGUGGUUGUAGGCAUUUCACAACAACAAGGCCGUGUCGUCGGUGCGAUGCAACUGUACUCAAAAGCUCGUGGCAUCAGCCAGUCGAUCGAAGGGCACGCUGCCGCCUUCGGCACCGUCCGAUUGGAGGGAGCACCAGCAGACUCCAAGCUGUUCACAUUCGCCGUUCGCACCGCUACCGGGGCCAAACUGCACGUGGUUGAGAUCGAUCAUCAAGCCGGAAACCCCCAAUUCCAGAAGAAGAAUGUCGACGUCUACUUCCCUCCCGAAGCCACCAACGACUUCCCAGUGGCGAUGCAGGUAUCCAAGAAGUACGGCAUCAUCUACCUCGUCACCAAGUACGGCUUCAUUCACCUGUAUGAUCUCGAAACCGGGACUUGCAUUUUCAUGAACCGCAUUUCGAGCGAGACGAUCUUCGUCACAUCUCCCGAUUCUGAGUCGUCAGGUAUCGUCGGUGUCAACCGGAAAGGCCAAGUCCUCUCAGUCAGCGUGGACGAGGAAGCCGUCGUUCCCUACCUUCUUCAGAACCCCGCAAACGCCGAGUUGGCCUACAAACUGGCCUCGAGGGGUGGGUUACCGGGUGCGGACAACCUCUACCAACAACGAUUCGAGCAAUUGUUGAAUGCCAAUCAAUUCGCCGAUGCCGCCAAAACCGCCGCGAACUCUCCACGUGGUUUCCUGCGAACCCCUGCGACCAUCGACCGCCUCAAACAAGUCCCUGCGCAAUCUGGACAGCUCUCCGUCAUCCUCCAAUAUUUCGGAAUCCUGUUAGACAAAGGUGGGUUGAAUCAGUAUGAAACCAUUGAGCUGGUGCGGCCGGUUCUCUCCCAGAAUCGGAAGCAUUUGCUGGAGAAGUGGCUUCAAGAAGGCAAGCUGGACUGCUCAGAGGAACUGGGUGACAUCGUUCGACCUCAUGAUCUCGGACUUGCGCUUCAGAUCUAUGAGCGAGCCAAUGCUGCCCAGAAGGUCGUGGCGUCUUACGCUGAACUGGGACGAUUCGACGAGAUUGUGCCCUAUGCGCAAAAGGCUGGCUAUCGACCCGAUUACACGGUGCUCCUGCAGCAUAUUGUCCGAGUGAACCCCAACCAAUCCACCGAAUUUGCGAUCAGCCUGGCGAAGCAGCCCGAGGGACCCUUGGUCGAUCUCGACCGAGUCGUGGAUAUCUUCCAAUCCCAAGGAAACCUCCAGGGCGCGACAGCUUUCCUUCUGGACGUUCUGGCGCCCAAUCUUCCCGAGCACGCUCAUCUACAGACCAAGCUCUUGGAAAUGAACCUGCUAAAUGCUCCUCAAGUUGCUGAUGCGAUCCUUGGAAACGAAAUGUUCUCCCACUAUGACAAGGCACGUAUCGCGCAAUUGUGCGAAGGUGCCGGGCUUUACACUCGCGCUCUUGAGCACACCGAGGACCACGCCGUCAUCAAGCGAAUCAUUGUCCAUACCGACAAGCUUCCCGAGGAGUGGCUGAUCAACUACUUUGGCCAUUUGACAGUCGAUCUCUCAUUCGAUUGCCUGAACGAGAUGCUUCGCGUGAACAUUCGCCAGAAUCUCCAGUCGGUCAUCCGCAUCGCACAAAAGUACUCGGAUCUCCUUGGACCCACACGGAUCAUUGACCUGUUCGAGAAAUAUCGAACGGCGGAGGGUCUUUACUACUACCUUGGUGGCAUCGUCAAUGUGAGCGAAGACAAGGACGUCAAUUUCAAGUACAUCGAGGCCGCGACGAGAAUGCAGCAGUUUAAUGAAGUGGAGCGUGUCUGCAGGGAAAGCAACUUCUACGAUCCGGAGAAGGUCAAGAACUUCCUCAAAGAGGCGAAUCUCACCAACCAACUCCCGCUGAUGAUCGUUUGCGACCGAUUCAACUUCGUUCACGACCUGGUGCUAUAUCUCUACAAGAACCAGCAUUUCAAGUCGAUCGAGGCGUAUGUCCAGCGCAUCAACCCUGGGCGUACUCCGGCCGUAAUUGGGGGUCUCCUGGACGUUGACUGUGAUGAAGGUGUUAUCACGGGAUUGCUUGCGUCCGUCAAUCCCUCGUCUGUCCCGAUCGAUGAGCUUGUGGCUGAAGUCGAAACGCGAAACCGACUCAAGCUGUUGCUUCCCUUCCUCGAGCAAACCCUCGAGGCUGGCAACCAACAGCAAGCCGUUUACAACGCUCUCGCCAAGAUCUACAUCGACAGCAACAGCAACCCUGAGAAGUUCCUGAAAGAGAAUGACAUGUACGACACGGUUGUUGUCGGCAAGUACUGUGAGAAGCGCGAUCCCAACCUCGCGUACAUUGCGUACCAGAAGGGCCAGAAUGACCUGGAGUUGAUCAGCAUCACCAAUGAGAACUCCAUGUUCAAGGCACAAGCCCGAUACCUCCUCGACCGCGGUGAUGCCGAAGUCUGGGGUUUCGUGCUGAGCGCCAACAAUAUGCACCGAAGGUCUUUGGUUGACCAGGUCAUCUCCACCGCGGUUCCCGAAUCAACCGACCCGACCAAGGUCUCGGUCGCGGUCAAGUCUUUCAUGAUGAACGACAUGCCGUCCGAUUUGAUCGAGCUCCUGGAGAAGAUCGUCCUUGAGCCAUCGCCGUUCAACGAGGACAAGGUGCUGCAGAACUUGCUCAUCAUCACUGCCUGCAAAGCAGACAAGGCGCGAGUCAUGGGCUAUGUCCGGGACCUCAAUGCCUACGAACCAGAUGCAAUUGCACAGGAGUGUAUCGGACAAGGAAUGUACGAGGAAGCAUUCGAGAUCUACAACAAGAAUAACAACUACACGGCGGCCACCAAUGUUCUCGUCGAACAUGUCGUCAGCAUCGAUCGUGCUCAGGAAUAUGCCGAUCGUGUUGAUACUCCCGAAGUGUGGAGCUUGGUUGCGAAGGCUCAGUUGGAUGGCGUUCGGGUCACCGAUUCGAUCGAGUCAUACAUCCGCGCCGGCGAUCCUUCUAAUUACAACGAGGUCAUUGAGGUUGCAACCCGCGCCGGCAAGGACGAAGACCUCGUGAAAUAUUUGCGGAUGGCUCGAAAGACCCUCCGCGAACCUCCGAUCGACACUGGCCUAGCUUUCUGCUACGCUCGCCUCGACCAGCUUCCGGAACUCGAGGACUUCCUUCGCUCAACGAACGUCGCGGACGUGGAAGCGUCAGGUGACAAGGCUUAUGAGGAGGGAUACUUCGAGGCCGCCAAGAUCUUCUACUCGUCCAUCUCGAACUGGGCGAAGCUUGCCACGACUCAUGUCCACCUCAACGACUACCAGGCUGCGGUCGAGUCGGCCCGCAAGGCCAAUAGCACCAAGGUGUGGAAGGAGGUCAACGACGCGUGUAUUGAGAAGGGGGAGUUCCGUCUCGCUCAGAUCUGCGGUCUCAACCUGAUUGUCCAUGCCGACGAGCUCCAGCACAUUGUUCGCCAAUAUGAGCGCGGCGGCUACUUCGAUCAGCUCAUUGACCUGCUCAGCAACGGACUCAGCUUGGAACGUGCCCACAUGGGCAUGUUCACCGAGUUGGGCAUUGCGCUCUCGAAAUAUCACCCCGAUCGUGUCAUGGAGCACCUGCGUCUCUUCUGGUCUCGUAUCAACAUCCCCAAGAUGCUGAAGGCGUGCGAAGACGCCCACCUCUGGCCGGAACUGGUAUUCCUGUACUGCCACUAUGACGAGUGGGACAAUGCUGCACUAGCCAUGAUGGAGCGAGCGUCCGACGCGUGGGAACAUCAUUCCUUCAAAGACACCAUCGUCAAGGUAGCGAACUUGGAAAUCUACUACCGCGCCGUCAACUUCUACCUCGAGCAACAACCGCCGCUCCUCACAGACCUCCUCCAAGUCCUGACGCCGCGCAUUGACGUCAACCGCGUCGUCCGCAUGUUCGAGAAAUCCGACAACAUUCCGCUCAUCAAGCCGUUCCUGAUGAGCGUGCAGUCGCAGAACAAGAAGGCGGUCAACCACGCGAUCCACGACCUGCUGAUCGAGGAGGAGGACUACAAGACGCUGCGCGACUCGGUCGAGAACUUCGACAACUAUGACUCGACGGAGCUGGCGCAGCGGCUCGAGAAGCACGACCUCGUCUUCUUCCGACAGAUCGCGGCGACCAUCUGGCGCAAGAACAGGCGGUGGGACAAGAGCAUCGCGCUGUCGAAGCAGGACAAGCUGUUCAAGGACGCGAUCGAGACGGCCGCCAUGUCCGGGAAGCCGCCGGUGGUGGAAGAGCUGUUGAGGUACUUUGUCGAUAUUGGCAGCCGCGAGUGCUAUGUUGGUAUGCUGUACGCGUGCUACGAGCUCAUCCGACCGGAUGUGAUCCUCGAGAUCUCCUGGAGGAGCGGUCUCCACGACUACACUAUGCCCUUCAUGAUCAACAUGCUCGCCCAACAAACCGCCACCAUCUCCCUCCUCCAAAAAGACAACGAAGAGCGCAAAGCCCGCGAGGCUACGCAGAAGCAAGACGAGGACGAAACCCCGAUCCUAGGCGGCAGUCGGCUGCUCCUGACCCAGGGAUCCGUCCCGCAGCAGGCGUCCAGCCCCGCGCCGAUGAGCGGCGGGUUCGUCCAGCCGAACGGCGUCAUGCCGCAGGCGACGGGCCUGAGGGGAUUCUAA